GAAUAUCUAUUUAAUGUCUUUUGAAUUGUAAUAUAAGUAGUAGUUGAAUCUGAUUCUAAUCUUAUAUAUGGAACUUUUGUAAUAUUUUCAGACAUACAAUUGGACUAAACCAACACAAGAGAUGAUCAUGUUCUCUUUCUUCGUCGGUUAUACUACCAUGAUGCUGCCAAUGGGUAUUAUAGCUCAAAGGUAUGGUGGUAAAGUGCCGAUAUUGGUCGCCCUUGCGGUAAAUGGUGUGAUCUCCAUUUUGCAGCCGUGGGUGCCUUUAUACGCAGGUUGGUUUGGUAUGUGCGUAUGCCGCUUACUGCAAGGUAUGACACAGGCUGCGUUCUAUCCGAGCAUUCAUACGAUCUUAGGUAAAUGGGCACCGCUGAGCGAGAGGGGUAGACUCACUACCUAUGUUUACACUGGUGCCCAAUUCGGUACUGUGAUGAUAUUUCAAAUAUCCGGCCUUUUCGCUGGUAGUCCACGUCUAGGAUGGCCGGCAAUCUUCUGGUUCUGCGGUAUACUCAGUCUAAUGUGCUUUGGACUCUACUACAAGCUAGGAUCAGCUACACCACAAGAUCAUCCGAAUAUCAGUGCUGAGGAACUACUGCAUAUUAUAGGCGAUGGAAGCGCUGAUGUGAAGAAACGUAAGACUCCUUGGAAGCAUAUAUUGAUGAGCACUGCUGUGUGGGGUCUGGUGGUGGCCCACUCCGGUAGUAUUGUGGGACAUCUUAUGAUGCUCACUCAGACCCCUACAUACAUGAGCAAUGUAUUAGGAAUAGAUAUCAAACGGAAUGGUGUUUAUUCUUCGCUGCCUUACAUCGCUAUGUAUGCUUUAAGCAUUUCCUUCGGACAUAUCUCAGAUAAAGUGCACGCUAGAAAAAUGAUUUCCAUAACAAAUAUUAGAAGAAUUGCAAACACUAUUGGGAUGGCAGUAUCUGGAAUCUUCUUAAUCGCCUUUGGCUUCGUCACCAACACUACGUUGGCAGUGAUUUUCUUGAUUUUGGGUGUUGGCUUACAUUCUGGUGUCCACGUUGGAUUUCACAUAAACCAAUUAGACUUGGCGCCCAAUUUCGCAGGCCCCAUUAUGGCAUUGGGUAAUAUGAUAGCGAACCUCGUCUGUUUGACAGUUCCUGUGCUCGUCUCGAAUAUCGUCGGGAAUGAUGUGACUAACCAACAACGUUGGCAAAUAUUAUUUAUAGUGGUAGCGUCGUUCCAAAUACUCACGAACGGUGUAUUUGUGAUAUUUGUCAAGGGAAAAGUACAGCCGUGGAACUUUUACGGCGACGACGAACACGAAAAUGAUGCUGAUACUUGCAUGUUGGAGGAGAAAAAUAAAUUGGUAGUUCCAGAAAUGAAAUCGUCGUAUGAAAAGCAGAUCAAAACGUGAUCAUUAAGUGAUGUAAAUAGUUUACCAGUGAUGAAGACUAACAUAAUAGUUAUUUAUUGUAAUAAGUUUGAUUAAAUACGAAAGUGACAUGAGCCUAUUUUUUAAUAACUU